AAGAAGAAGUUAAGGUCCGUCGCGAGAUCCAUCUGUCCGCUCACUUUCAGGGACUCCAUAGAUAUUACAACGUGCAGCGAAUCUCUCUUCUUCCCAGACAAAACAAAAAACAUGGAAUCGGUACAUUCUAGCAGCGGAGACGAUGCCAGCGUAAGAAGGAGUCUUGAACCGUCGAUUGGUGCAUGGCAUUUCCAAAUUGCUAUCUAUUUCGCCUUCGGAUUCUUCUUUCUGAGGCUCUUCCUCGACACGUUCGUCUUUCAAAGGAUAGCUGUAUGGCUAUUGAGCACCACUUCUUCUGCGCCAAUUAAGCUCAAUGAUGCUGCUACUCGGGCUAAGAUCGUUAAAUGCAAGGAGUCUCUAUGGAAGUUCUUGUACUAUGGUGCCUGUGACAUAUUCGUUCUCAAAGUCCUUUUUCACGAGCCAUGGGCCUACGAUGUAAAACUCUACUUCCACGCCUGGCCUCAUCAAGAAUUGAAGCUUCCAUUUAAGCUUUACUAUAUGUGCCAGUGCGGUUUCUAUGUCUAUGGUGUUGCUGCCUUGCUUGCUUGGGAGAGCAGAAGAAAAGAUUUUGCUGUUAUGAUGUCUCACCAUGUGAUCACAAUCAUCCUCAUCGCCUACUCAUACUUAACUAGAUUUUUCCGAAUAGGGGCAAUCAUACUCGCCCUUCAUGAUGCAAGUGACGUGUUUAUGGAAUCUGCUAAAAUUUUCAAGUAUUCUGAAAAGGAGUUUGGAGCAAGUGUGUGUUUUGCAAUUUUUGCUCUCUCUUGGCUAUUGCUACGGUUGAUUUACUUUCCAUUUUGGAUCAUCAGGGCCACCAGCAUUGAACUCCUGGAUCAUUUGGAUAUGACAGUAGCUGAAGACACCAUCAUGUACUAUUCCUUCAACACAAUGUUGCUGAUGCUUCUUGUUUUCCACAUAUAUUGGUGGUAUCUCAUUUGCGCCAUGAUUGUAAGACUACUUAAAAACAGAGGAAAAGUUGGAGAAGACAUAAGAUCCGAUUCAGAGGAUGAUGAAUAGGCUUUUUUGAAAGCAUGACAGAUAGGGAACAUGUUUCCACUUCUCCAACCAAAUCAUUUAAGCGGCUGAAGAAUUUAUUCCCAGCUUCAUUACCUUACUGAUUAGAGUUGGAGGAAGAAGAAAGAUUAUAGUUUUUUUUUUGACUCAGUUUUGUAUUGGUCGAGUCCAUUUCGACAUUAGACUGCCAUAUUCUCUUUUGACAGAAAACAAUGUGCAAG